CGAACAUUUACUGCGUGCGUGCGAGCGCGUCUGUGUGUAGUGUGGCCUUUUGCAACCUGGUUCAAAUAUGGCGAAACCUACUCAGUUAUUAAAUAUUGAACCGGCGAACGAGCUCAAAUUCCUGGGCCCGUUCCGGACUGCUGUUGCGUCCUAUAUGCGGCUCACCAAUCCAACCGACCAUGAUAUCUUUUUCAAAAUCAAAACAACCGCACCGAAGAAGUACUGUGUGCGACCGAACUGUGGCUUACUGGAACCCCACGAAUCACAGGAAAUAGCCAUCGUUCUACAGCCGUUCAUAUUCGAUUCGAAUGAGAAGAACAAGCACAAGUUCAUGGUGCAAUCGAUGGUAAAGCCCGACGAUGAGGAAAUUAAUCUGGAGGACCUCUGGAAGAAGUAUCCGGAGAAGCUGAUGGAUUCGAAGCUACGGUGCGUGUUCGAGUGCCCGCUGGACAGCAACCAGCCGGCACCGGCAGCUGAAUCGGCGACGGUGGCCUCACCGCCCAACAGUAAACAAUCGUCUGCUGUGGCAAGCAACGAUGCCGGCGCACAGUUCUCAAACGCACAGUUUAACGCGAUGAGCAACGAGGACGAGCAGAAGUCGGAGGCGGCACUGCUAAAGGAGGUGAAGAAACUCCGGGACAACGAAAGUGUUUUGCGUCAGGAAAAUUUGCAACUGCGGGAACAAAUUAUACAGCUACACAUGCAAGUGGACGGACGGGCUAAGGAGCAAUCGUCGGCGGCUACCGCCGCAAAGUCAGUCCCGGUACAGUCGGUGCCCGUACACUACCAAAAUCCGUACUCGCCACCGCAACAGCUGGCUCGCAAUCCGCCGCUGGAGCUAAUGUAUGCCGUGAUUGCCGCCGUGGUCAUGGGCAUUGUCGGCGUACUGAUCGGCAAGGUCAUGUACAGCGACGGUAACAAAUAA